AUGACAAAAGGCUUCAUUUACGACCUCGACAAUGAGACAAUCGAUAAAGCGAGGGAAGAAUAUCGAAAUUAUCUCAGAGAUCACGAUGAAGAAAUUAAAUCUCUUGCUGGUUUUUCGAAAGCGAAAGCAAUCUUCAAGAAGGCAAAUGUAUUUUUCGAGAAGGAAUCGCCUGAACUUAGAAAAUUCCUUGAAGAAAGAGGCUAUCUUCAACCUGAAAUACAAACAAUUGCCAAAGAUACAAAGAUUCCAAAUUCAGAACAGAAUAUGACUACUAAACUCUAUGAUCCUGAUAAAGAGACAAUCAAUAAAGCGAAAGAAGAAUAUCGAAAUUAUCUCAGGGAUCACGAUGAAGAAAUUAAAGCUCUUUAUGGUAUGGCGAAAACGAAAGCAAUCUUCAAGAAGGCAAAUGCAUUUUUCGAGAAGGAAUCACCUGAACUUAGAGAAUUCCUUGAAGAAAGAGGCUAUCUUUUACCUGCACCACAGGUUGUCAACGAUUAA